AUGCUACUGGGUCGUCUGAUUUCCCUUGGCCCCCUCGCAACCAUUGCCCAUGCGGUAACAGCGGAUUCUUCAUGCCGCUGCUACCCUGGCGAGUCUUGUUGGCCCUCGGCUCAACAAUGGAAUGCCUUCAAUGAGACAAUAGGCGGUAAAUUGAUCCCUACUGUGCCUCUGGGCAGUGUUUGUCACUAUGACUCUUUCACACCCUACAACGCACAGGAGUGUGCUCAAUUGACAUCCGUGUGGGACUAUCCUAUCACCCACUACACAACUACCUCAUCUCCAAUGGCGGCAUGGUUUCAGAAUUUUACCUGUGAUCCGUAUUUGGCCCCCAGUGAUUCAUGCACCUUAGGGCCCUUUCAGCCGUAUGCAGUCAAUGUCACCAAUGCCCAGGAUGUACAAGAAACCCUGCAUUUCACGCAGAAGCACAAUAUUCGAUUGGUUAUCCGCAACACAGGGCAUGACUACUAUGGAAAAUCGACUGCGCCAGGUGCUGUAGCAUUGUGGACCCACAAUAUGAAGCAAACAGAGUACUUGGAUUACAACUCUUCGGCAUAUGCAGGACCUGCAUUGCGUAUUGGUGCCGGAAUCCAAGGAUUUGAGGCAAUGGAGGCAGCCAAUAGUUAUGGAAAAGCAAUUGUGACUGGCAACUGCGCUUCUGUUGGUAUAGCUGGGGGCUAUUCUCAAGGCGGGGGCCAUGGUCCACUCGCUUCAUGGUAUGGUCUCGGUGUUGAUCAGGUGCUGGAAUGGGAGGUGGUGACUGUAUCAGGCGAUGUUCUUACAGUAUCUCCGACACAAACCCCUGAUCUUUUCUGGGCAUUGACUGGCGGAGGUGGUGGCACGUAUGCUAUCGUUUUGAGCCUUACAGUGAAGCUCCACCCCGAGGUGAGCACAGCUGCUGCAUCUCUGACAUUUGAAGCUCCGGACAAGAAAGAGAUAUUCUGGGAGGCAGUCAAGACUUUCGUUACCGACAUAAUGCCCUUGACAGAUGUGGGGGCUGUAGCAAUUUGGGAAGUUGCAGAGUAUCUUUUCGAACUUUCACCUAUCACCCUGCCGGGAGGAACAAGGCAGAAAUUGCAGAAACAGUUGGAACCCACCUUGUCCCUUCUGAAGAAAAAUAACAUCAGUUACAGCUACACAAUCAAACAGUUCUCCACUUACUAUGCUAGCUACGAGGAAAUGAACCCUGGAGUCAACAUAACCGAGUACCAGAUUGGAGGGCGGUUGAUUCCGCGAUCGGUGUUGGAGUCAAACCCAGCUUCCUUCAUUUCCACCCUACAGUCUAUUAGCCAAGAAGGCGGUGUGAUCUCCGGAGUCUCACUCAACGUUUCGCAAAAUCAAGCCGCCGUGACCUCAGUCAAUCCAGCUUGGCGUAAUGCGGCCAUUUCUGUUGUAUUAGGAACUGCAUUCAACUAUACUAGCCGUACGGCAGACCUGAACAAUCAGAAACUUAUAACCGACAAGCUCGUGCCACAACUAGAGGCUCUUAGCCCCGGAGGCGGUGCGUAUCUUAAUGAAGCAGACUUCAAUCAACCCGAUUGGCAAUAUGUAUUUUAUGGAAAGAAUUAUGCCAGGCUUGAAACAAUCAAGUCCAAGUAUGAUCCCGACGGGGUUCUCUAUGGGCUUACCAGCGUGGGAAGUGACAAAUGGGUCGAGAACAAUGACGGUCAGCUGUGCAGGAAAUUACAAAAUUGA